AUAAGAUCGCAAUUUAAUAUAACGGCCACUGGCAAUUUAAGUUUUGUGAGUUUAUUAUAUGUUCAAAAUUAUAUUUCAUAAUAAGAUAUACAAUGGCUCAGCCAAGCGAUAUAACCGAUGAAGAUUACAUACCCUUUUUGAAAAGUCUAGGCGUUGAAACUUAUAACAAGUCCUUUGAAUGGAUGUUAAACGAUCCAGAGAUUUCUGGAGUGUUGCGAUGGAUUUAUGAGAACAUAGACGCGAAUAAUGCUUUGUCUGAUCGAGAAGAAUUCAGGUAUGCGGAAUUAGAAAGAACUGGUCAACUUCUAUCUUCAGAGGAAUUAGAGAUGGCUAUAUUAGAUCUUCAAAAUGAAUUUGAAGGCAUAUGUUUACCAGGAGACCAGGAGGCUUUGGACGACAUGAAAAUAGAUAUUAAGAUGGAAAAAGAGAGAGUUGAUAUGCUCGAAAAACAAGAUGUGAUUUUAAAAGACAUGAUGCAAAGAAACAAGGACAUAAAGAAAGAAUUAAAUGUUGAAAUAACAAAGCUACAAGCAGCUGAGUUACAAUGUACUGAAGAUGAAGCCAAUUUAGGAAAAGAUUGUUUGAAGCUUGCUAAAGAAGUUGAAUCUAUAACAAGUGAUGUUAUAACUAUAGUUGCAGAUACACUUGACAUAUUAUCAAACUGUCAGGAUGAUAAGGAUUCUGCAAAAAGAUUCCUUGCAUUUGGCCCAAUAGAUCAAUAUCACAAAUCACAAGCCCUAUUUAGGUCUCACUUUGAUCUCUACUGUACAAAAAGACUAAAAAAUCCAGAAUUUAAUAUUAAAGAGGAAGAAAUCAUGAGAGCUAUUAUUAAAGCAAAAAAUGUAGAAAGCAGGUUAUUGGAUGCCACAUCUGCAUAUAUUGAGAGUACAGUGGACUUAAGCGGUGAAAAGGCGAAGCUAGCUCUAUUGGCUAACUAUACCCACCCUUGUGCAAAUGAUGUUGCACUAUACACAAUGGAAGUGAUGAGCAAUAUAGAAAUGUUUGAGCAAGAAGAGUCGAUAAUAGAAAAGCAGCUUCAAGACGCGGUCAAACAAUUUGUGCGCAGGCGCACGAUGUUAGUAGAAGAAUCGGCAGCUAAGAUCGCCUUGAAUGUUCGACUGCAAAUUAAGAGCGAUUUAAAAUUGCUUUUGUCCAAAACCCAAGAAGCGUUAACGCUGGAUAGACUCUUGUACUACGCGUUACGACGUGAACUCGCCUCUUUGGAGGAGGUUUUGCAGUUUGCUUCCCAUUUACGAGGCUAUGUUUUACAAGAGGAAGAAGCUGUGUCUAGCAGGAUCCAAUCAAUGAAGGAGAUAACAAACGAACUGGAUUUGUCAGAUUCGACAAAUAAUUUAAUGCUAUCGUCUCUAUGCAAAAUAUUAUCUGUUACUGACUUUAAGUCUCUCGUACCAGAAUAUAAAGAAGUGAAGAAAAAAGCAAAAAGACUGAGAGAAGAAAUUGUAGAAGCGAUUUGUGAAAAGGAAAGGGAUUUAGAUAAAAUAAAGCGCUCCCAAGCAAUUCUCUAUCCGUACGUAUGGGGCGGAUGUACGCGCGCCGCUGCAUGUCAUAGCCCGGAAGUGUCUGCCAUGACACAUGCGCUUGCGCAUCAAAUAAACAGCAUCGACGAGACUAUCAAAAACAUUGGCAUGCAGUUUACCACUGUCAAGCAUGGCGAAAAACAUCACCUGAGAAAGUUUUGGCAGUGGUUUUUAACGGAUCCAGUUAAGUUUAACGCAGCCAUUAGAAGAGUUUACUGAAUUGCGUCGUGUGGCGAACGCAACUCCGCUAGCAGCCGGCGCAUGCGCAUCAUCCAACAAACAAGCAGACGCACAAUCAGACCAACGCGACCACCGACCCCAACGCCCUUCGCUAUGGGAGACACCACUCCAGCGAUCUACACAUUCUCCGCCACGACAAUACUGAAAUACAUUAUUAAAUAUAUUUUUGAUAUCAUUAA